UCACUUCUACAAGUUAUUUCUACACUUAUUUUUGUGGAAUAUUUUUACGGUUUCGAAAUAAAAAUUUAUAAACAGGCUUUUUCUAACUAUAAAGGAUGAGCUCAUAUUAAUAUUUUUUUAGUAUUUUUAUUUUUUGUUUUCUGUAAACAUUUAUGAGUCUAAUAAGAAUUGAUAGAGACUAAAUAGUGUGUGUAAGUAUCAAAAAAAUAAAAAGGACUAAGAGAUGGCAUUAAUUUCACAACUUUUUGUAAUUCAAUUGCUUAUUACAAUAAUAUCUGUAAUAAAUGCGCAUAUAAUAAAUGAUAAAACCUUAAGGCAAGAUGGGGAUAAAAUCACAAUUUUUUCUGAAUAUCAAGAAUUAUUUAAUAGAACACGAAGAACUGUUGCUACAACAAACAAAGAAAAACUUUGGGAUCAAGGUAUUAUUCCAUUCGAAUUCGAUAGAGUUUUUACUGGAUCACAGUAUCAAUUAAUAAAACAAGCCAUGCGUGAAUGGGAGAAAUCAACUUGCAUUAAAUUUGUGAAAAGAACUCCGGAAAUGAAUUCAAAAUAUUUAAAGUUCACUAAGUUACAUUGCGGAUGUUGUUUUGCCGAGUCAACCCAAUCGAAAAAUCUAAGAUUUAUAAGUUUAGUAAAUGGUUGUGAUACUUUGGUGAUUCUCCUCCAUGAAUUGGGACACGCUAUUGGUUUUGACCAUGAGCAUAAGCGUCCAGAUCGUGACGAAUAUGUUAAAGUUCUUUAUCAAAAUAUUCAGCCAGACAAACUUGUGGAGUUUGACAAGUUAUCAAUCGAUUCUGUUGACACCUUCAAUCAAACUUAUGAUUUUUACUCUGUUAUGCACUUUCCUGGGAAUUCGUAUUCAAUGCAUAAGAAACUUGAUACUAUAAUCCCCAGACAUAAAAUUGAAAAUGAUGAUCGACCAAUUGGAGGAGGUACUGAACUCAGCUCCGGUGAUAUCAUAACUACGAAUCUUCUGUACCGAUGCCCCAAAUGCGGAGGAACAUUAUUUAAAAAUAGCGGCUUUUUUAGGUCGCCAAUACACCCGGAUGGAUCAUUGGUGGGUGUUGAACGUUGUGAAUGGAGAAUAAGAGCUGCUGAAGGUGAAAGAAUCGAGCUUUAUGUUACGUCAUUAAGUAUUUACGAAAGUCCUGAUUGUACAGUUGAUUAUUUGGAAAUCAGAAAUGGCUACCGCGCUAAUAGUACAGUUUUGGCUCGUUAUUGUGGAAAUAGUUAUGUAGCCAAUUUGAUUGCUAGUAAUUACUUGCUAGUGACAUAUGUCAAAACAAGUGACAAAAAUAUUUACAGUGGGUUCCAAGCUGCUUACCAGACUAUUUGUGGAGGCUAUGUAAACAUUGAGAGAGAUACACCUUUCAAUAUAGAAUCGACAAAUUAUCCUGAGAAGUAUCCGCCAAAUAGACGGUGUAUUUGGUACUUUACAGCACCAGAUAAUCAUCGUAUAGAAAUGCAGAUCAAUAACUUUGCUCUUGAAAUGAGUGACGGUUGUGCAAAUGAUUUCCUCGAAAUAAGGGACGGCAAUGAUGACCAUGCAUUUCUUAAUGGACUCUAUUGCGGUGUCAAAGACCCGUGGCAAUUUAAUUCAACGGAUAAUAAAUUGUCGGUUGUAUUCGUGAGUAAUGAAAUAAAUCAGGAUUAUGGAUUUUCAGCCACGUUAAUAGCUCUGCCUAUGAACAGUUAAUUUACUAAAUUGUAUUUAUGAGGCUAACUAAAUAAAAUGACCACUUUAAUAGCUUAGUGAUUUUGAUUGAUAUUUUCAAUCAUAUCCUGAGCGACGAGAAGUGUGAUUUUGUUCUUUUAAUAUAUCAAUAUAAUAUGCAUGUAUACCUUGCUUACUACCAUUGAUCUUGUUAUCAAUCAUUAUCAAAGUUGCACUAUAAAACGUUCAAAAUA